UACUUGAUUAGAACAAAGUGAGGCCAAUGUCAUUACAAACGUCAUAUUUUCAUAGAAAUUAGACAUUGCCACAUAAAUGAUGUCAUCGCCACACUUUUAGCAGAGUUAGCUUGGUCCGACUCUAAGACUCGAAUGGUGAAACUUCAUUAUUUGGUGCACGUGAGGGUCCAGGUUCGGGCCAGAGGCUUCCAACACUUCGUUUUCUAUGACGAAUGAUCGGUGAUUACGUAAUGAUUUCUUUAUAAACCUGAAGUGUCACACGCCCCGGCACGUUGCCCCGGCCCGGGCCGUUGUAGCGUGAGUUAUCCUUAAAAGCACUGUUGGCCGAACGUUAAUUAGAAUUGACCAUAUUGAAAAUUAACCGUUACAAAUUGAACCAUAAACUGUAACCGUCCGCUACGGUUUACGGUUCAAUUUGUAAUGGUUAUUUUUCAAUAGGUAUGGUCAAUUCUAUUUAACGUUCGGCCAACACUGCUUAAAAGUCACUUCGUGAAUCCGCAAAUUCGAGAGAAUAAUUAAAUAUCUUACAUUUAUUUCUAACAUUGAUUAUCCCCGCAAGUUCUGGGUUGCCAGUCAAUAAGAGUCAUGACGACAACAUUGUGUGGCAAGGACAAUACAAUAAAACACUAUCAAUACUAUCAUGUUGUCCCUAUCACAGCCAAUAUGGGAGCACCAUUAGAAUGGAUAAUGAUCGACAAUAUUCCAUGCUUCACUAAAUUCAAAACAGCUAUCACGUUUACACAGAAAAUGUAAUUUCAUAGGACAUCAACAUAUGCAAAGAGAGGUGCAAAUGGAAAGGCAAAUGCAAUUCCGAUCGGAGCCGGCGUUCGGAAGCGACUAUCAGAAUCGCAACUUGACUGGCGUCGAGCGGAAUAAAAGUUUUGCACUAGCUCGUUGCGAAAUUCCUCGUAACUUUCAAAGCAACACACCGAAUGUGAACAGCAAUCGUGAUUUGAAACCUAAGCAACAAUCCAUAAGCUAUGAUAUCAAACCUAAACAACAGAUGCCCACUCAACAGAUGCCGCCUCGCAAUUCCAAUGUCCCUCCGAAGAAACCGAAUGAGACGGAAACACCCAAGAGCGAAACUCAAGUCCUGACACGGUUUGACAAACUUAAGGCACUACACAGGAGCGGACCGAGGGUUUUUUCAGGCCCUAUUGAAAAGGUUCUGAAAUGGCAUAAGACGCUACAAGAUAUUGGAGUGUUGAUUAUAUUCGAAAUCGUGGCAAAAUGCGUAAGCAUCCAGCCAGGAACAUGUUGCUCAAAGAAUUUAGUGAUACGAGACGACAACGGACCGGCCAUGCAAGUGGUUUACUAUGAAAUCGACUUUCUGCUGCCAGAGCUUAAGCCUCCGUGUACUGUCAGAGUUGUGGGCCGCAUGAUGCCGGGCACGUGUCGCCUGCAAGCGUUCAGCGUGCGGCCGGCGACGGGCGACGACGUGGCCACACUGCCGCGCCGCGCCGCGGUGGCGAGCCAUCACGUCGCCAAGCUGUACAAGGAGUACGGACCAAGCGAUAACAUGUAGACUGAUUACUGAUUAAAUCAGAUACCAAAAUGAUAGUUCUUUUCCUAAUUUGCCCUAAAUUGUAACGCAAAGAGGAUAUCUGUGUAGUAAAUUGGGCAAUCGAACCGUCAUUUUCUUAUCUGGAAUGACCAGGCUAGAACGUAUUUGUUACAGCUAUUAAUCUUAAAACACCUAAAACUUUGUUCACGGGUACAAUUUUGUGCUAUGAACAGUCUACUUACUAACAUGCUAGCAGCAAAACUAUAUUGCUGAUUCUGUGCUUAUUUUUAUCUCCUAAUAAAUUACAUGUAUUAUUAAUUUUAACCUGCUGAAUUAAAUGUAUUCAAUUAUUUCAUAAUUUUCGCACUCACAUGUUUUUAAUUUUUUAAAUUAAAUGAUUGAUUUCACGAAAAAAAAUAUUUUCUUUUAUAAUGUUGUAGUAGUAAAAAUACAACAGUGUUACUAUAUUA